AAUAAGCUUGAGUAUCUAAAAGGACAGUUCAGAGAUAAAGAUUUCGUUAAGCACUACGAAUCAGCGAGGACUUGUAGCGGGAUAAAGUUGGUAGCAGCUUCGGUCGUUUUCCGAGUUGGGACGCCGGUAAUUAAGAAGACGGUUAAUGAGCGUACCCGGCCAACCGGAAUCGACCGAGAGAGGUUCUUGCCACUGCUAUCCGGGAAAGAUACGGUUACGGUUCAUGUGGAGAUCUCUUGCCACACUACUGAAAAGGGGGCGAUCUUUAACAAAUGGGCUUUCAAUAAGAUUCAUUCCUUCCCCCCUAAUGCUUAAGGAUUGUUUUUGGUACCUCCAGUAUAUUUCUUUUACAGCAGGGAUUUCUUACACAGUUUUGCUGUCUGUUCUGGGCAAUGGGCUGGUUUUGUGGAUUUCCUACAGAAGGAGGAAGAAGAUCACCAGUUCAGAGCUGCUUUGUGUCAAUCUGGCUUUGGUGGAUUUCCUCUGCUGUAUAUGCCUCUACCCUCUUUCCAUCGUCUCCUCAUUCAGCCACGCUUGGUUGGGAGACAAGGCUACAUGCACAUACUAUGGACUUGGAGGAUUUCUGUUUGGAUUGUGUGGGAUGUUUACUAUAGCAGCUAUCAGCGUGAUAAGAUACCUCAAAACCUGCCACAAUAUAUCUUAUGUAGUAUGGUGUGAGGGAGCCAUUACUCGAGCCCUGUGCAUUGCUACCUGGCUCAUUGCAGCCGCCUGGUCAUGUUUCCCUUUGUUCGGAUGGGGAGAAUAUGCUCCAGAGCCCUACGGUGUGUCCUGUACUGUGGCCUGGAAGAGUUACCACACUUCAGUUGAGGAUGCACUCUUUGUGGUCUGCUCCUUUGCCUGCUUUACUCUCAUUCCCAUCCUCCUGAUCAUGACAUCUCAGUGCCAGAUCCUGUACAAGGUCUACAGGUUCAACUUUUCUCUGGCCGCCAGGGGAAUCCGCUCCAGUCUUCACAAUGCUGAAAAACGCAUUUCUGUAAUGUUUUUCUGCAUCAGCCUUGGUUUUGUCACCGCAUGGGCACCAUACGCAGUGGUUUCCUUCUUAUUCAUUUUUCACAAGGACACUUGGCAUCUGGCUCCAGAAGGUUUCAUAUUCCCGGCAUUAUUUGCCAAGAGUUCGCAUGUCUAUAACCCCUUCAUUUACUUCUACUUCAACAAGACCUUUCGUCAGGAGCUACAGUGCCUCGUUAGGUCCUACUUCACAGGAUCAGCUCGGAACAGAGUCUCAGUCUCUGUGAAUCAGCCGCAGGCUCCUGCAGUCAUUGAGGUGCAGCCUAGGGGUCAGAGUAACCUGGAUAGGAGCACUUCUCAUUCACAAUCAAACACUAACCGAGUAAAUGCUAAAGCCAUUUACCCUUGCUGGGUUUCCAAAAUGAUAGUGGCCCCUGCUAGCUUGGAGCCCAGGCCUAACAAAGAGUUUGUGCUCAUAUCUAGCUGACCUGUGCUCUUGACAGGAAAGAAAUAGAAGAGAAGAAUAAUUGAAAUUAUAGAGACCCGGGACAAAAACAUACAAAUUGCUGCACUAGUUUAUGAAUGAAAUAACUGUUUUGUCUUGUUUUUUCAUCAGUUGGCAAUCCAACUAAUCUUUGUCUUUAGUGAAAGUGCAGUGUUACAAGUGCAGCGUGUAAGUGAGAAAUCCAUGGUCUUUCUAAAUGUCUACACUGGGUUUCUCUUAUUGUUGUAGCACAUGCAGUGGUCAGGUUCUUUAUUGUUAGAGAACUAGAAAUUGUUUUGUGUACAUGUACAGUAUGGGUGAUCGGUUCUAACUGUGAAAGCUGUGUUCCUCAAUUCCUCCUGGGCCUCUUGAUAAGUCAGAUAUAAUGUAUAGUAUAAAGCUGAUAUAAACCUUGCACUUUUGGACAUUUAUGAAGAUUUUAUGUCUGAGAGCAAAAGAUCUUUUGUUCACAUGAAAUUAGCCUUUUGUGGUCAGUUACUACCACAUUAAUUCUAUAUCUAUAUUUAUAUUUUGGAAUUUUGAAGGUUAUAAAUACUAACAAAUUAUGAUUUCCAAACUAUGAAACUAAAAUUUAAAGAGAUCUAAAAAUUGCAUUUUCCUUAGCCACUGGUACCACCUGUGCAAUGGUUUUGUCAUGCUUGUAAAUACUCUAGUAUUGGAGAUGUUUCAUAUACUGACAUGCUUGUCGGGAAUACCAGGGGUUUGUCCUUUAUCUUUUUUCUCUGAAUUCAACACAAUUUUCAAUUACAGUCUAUAUACUGAAAGUCAAUUGUAGUAAGACCCUGAAGGCAGGAACAUAAACUUGAGCCAUACAAUGUUUGCUUCAACAGACCAAAGUUCAUUUUUAGAAAUAGUCAAUGUUUA